GGAGGAAGGGCUUCGAGCCGAGCGAACUACAUCUCCCAGCGAGGAGAGGGCCUGCCCCACCUCCUCCAGCGAUACUUAGGCGCGGGAUUCGGAAGGCGCCAAAGGAAAAGGUGGGGGAGGCGGCAGCUGCGCCACUUGGAGAGGGUUCUUUUAAGCUCUCUCGGCAGCUGCUCUUCGUUGCAAGGAGGAUCGCGCGCGGCAACGGAAGGGAAAACCGAACACGGUAAAAGGUUUCUCCUGUGUUGUCACCUCAGAUUCAAUCUUCAACUUUGGUUUUGUUACCAGGAUGGGAAUCCAUGGUUUAGCCAAACUGAUUGCAGAUAUAGCUCCUGCUGCCAUUCGAGAGAAUGACAUCAAAAGUUACUUUGGCCGGAAGGUGGCCAUCGAUGCAUCUAUGAGUAUCUACCAGUUCUUGAUUGCUGUACGGCAGGGAGCUGACAUGCUGCAGAAUGAAGAAGGUGAGACCACAAGCCAUCUGAUGGGUAUGUUCUACCGCACCAUCCGCAUGGUGGAAAACGGCAUCAAGCCUGUCUAUGUCUUUGAUGGCAAAGCUCCACAGUUGAAAUCUGGUGAAUUGGCUAAGCGUACUGAGCGCCGAGCUGAAGCCGAGAAACAGCUGCAAGAGGCCAAAGAGGCAGGUGAGGAGGAAAAUAUAGAAAAGUUUAGCAAGAGGCUAGUUAAGGUGACCAAACAACACAAUGAUGAAUGCAAGAAGCUGCUGGCUCUGAUGGGCAUUCCUUAUGUAGAAGCACCGGGUGAAGCUGAAGCUAGCUGUGCUGCCCUGGUGAAAGCUAGUAAGGUCUAUGCAGCUGCUACUGAGGAUAUGGACUGCUUAACCUUUGGUAGCCCUGUGCUGAUGCGACACCUUACAGCCAGUGAGGCAAAGAAACUGCCCAUUCAGGAAUUCCACUUGAACCGCAUCCUCCAGGAUCUGAACCUGACUCAGAAGGAGUUUGUUGACCUUUGCAUAUUGCUGGGUUGUGACUACUGUGAGAGCAUCCGUGGCAUUGGCCCCAAGCGUGCUGUGGAACUCAUCAAGCAGCACAAAAGCAUAGAAACGAUUGCACAACAAAUAGAUACCAAGAAAUAUUCCUUGCCAGAGAACUGGCUGCACAAGGAGGCACAACAGCUCUUCUUGGAGCCUGAAGUUGUAGACCCAGAAGCUGUGGAGCUGAAGUGGAGUGAGCCAGAUGAAGAAGGACUUCUCAGUUUUUUGUGUGGGGAGAAGCAGUUUAAUGAGGAAAGGAUCCGUAAUGGAGUCAAGAGACUGAGCAAGAGUCGCCAGGGUAGCACUCAGGGCCGACUAGAUGACUUCUUUAAGGUUACUGGCUCCAUCACUUCCGCCAAGCGCAAAGAACCAGAAUCCAAGGGACCUGCUAAGAAGAAAGUGAAGGGGAGCGGUGCAGCAGCAUCAAAGUUCAAAAGGGGAAAGUAACUGUUUUUUAGAACUGUAUCUGUUCCCUUUCACUCCAGAUCCUCUUGGGAGCAAAAUAUUAAACUGCAAAUGUAGAGCCUUGUAGGCAUCAACUGCAGGUGGUACUCAAAAAGUAAUAUAGCUAUUGCAAAACCUUCUGUUUUGUCUAACUUGAUGCAUGAGGGGCGCUACUCUUACUGACAAAAGUGCUGCUGAUCAGUGGCCACAGACCCAGCCAGGCAGAAGGCUGGCACUGCUGCCAUCUCCUUGAGUGUCAUCAUCAGCAGACAUCAUAGAGCUUAGUCCAUCUUUACUAGCCAGACCUUGCUUGCAGAUGUAUUCUAGUGGUAAUUUCCAAAUUUUCCUAUUUCUGCUUCUAUAUACAGCUUGCUACUGUCAGAUUGAAAUCUGUGAACAUGAUGAUAUAGUGCUGCUAGGAGUAUUAGCUCUUGCCAACUAAAGGUUGACAGUUACAAAUAAUAACCUGGCAGGUGUGAUGUAUUCUCCUCUCCCCACCCCCGUGUGUGUGUUCUAUGAGGAGUCCAAAAAAGUCAUUUAGAAGAAUAGUAACUGUGUGUGAAUAGAAUAGUGGGCAAGACACUAAACCACUAACCACACAGAUGGCCAGAAGCAGAAUUUCUUAUUAGCAAUGAUGUUCUUUUUAACUAGAAGUUAUUUUCUUCCUGGUUUUCUGUAACUUUAAUUUAGUGUGUAUGUGGAUUCGUGUGUUUUUCUUGUUGACUUUCAAAAUAAAUAAGGAAACCAAA